AUGCAUCUGCUCAGGUGCUCAGGCAUUUGUAACAUUGUGCAUUUUGUGGAUAGAGUGUUGGUUUUGCACCAGAAUGUUCCUUUAAACAGAUUCUCCCUCAAGUGUGUAGAUAUUGUUCAUCCAGCUAUUGUCAUUGGUUGGUUACUCAAGGUGUUGGAACGUGGUGUGUUAGAUCUUCAGCUAAACAUUUCCUCGGUACUGGGUUACUCGUUCCCUUCAGAGAUGUUUGUGAACGAGACUUUGGUUAGGCUGAAAAUAGGAGUUGGAGAUGUUCUCACCAUUGAUAAGGUGACCAUUGAUAAGGUGAAACAUGUUUUUCUUCCAAAGGUUAAGAGCCUCUGUCUUGACAAUGUCAUGGUGAAAUACAGUGUGUUUUCUAAGCUUCUCUCUGGUUGUCAGGCACUUGAGGAAUUAGUUUUGAACAAUCUGUUCGAGGUUGGGGGGUUUUUCUCCGUUUCUCAUAACACCCUCAAAAGACUAGUGGUUAGCCAUUCAGAUUCUUGCGAUGAACACCACAAGAAUGUGUCAUUUUGUACCCCAAAUCUUGUCUACCUCGUAUAUUCUGAUACUCUAGCAGACAAGUAUCCAAGAGUUGAUUUUAAUUCACUCGUUGAAGCGAGUACUUACAGCCGUAAACAAAUACCAGAAUUCAACAACCUGGUUCACUUAACUAUUAAGACUGACACAGAAGUAUCUUGGGAAUCACUGCCGGCCCUUCUCAAGAAUUGUUCAAAACUUGAAACCCUGGGCUUCCAUCUCCAAUUUGAUAACUGUCCUGCGUGGGACACUUCUACUUUCCUAUCAUCAAAUUCUGUGACGGUUCUAAAGAUAUUGGAGUUUCUAGGUGUCAUUGGGGAUGAAUACAAUGAGGAGCAGAUAAAGCAGAUCCAACUCAUCCUAGAGAGAAUGCCGAAUCUUGAGCAACUUACGAUAUAUAUUGAUCAAUCUAAUGAAGAAGAUGUGUAUGAAGUGAUAGCACAACUUCAGGGGCAUCCUAGAGUGGCUUCAUCCAAGUGCAAGAUUCAAGUAAUUCACAAGAUUCCAUUUGCCCUUUAA